AUGGCAUUAUGUAACACAGUUGUACCCCAUUAUAAGGCAAAUAAUAAUACAGGAGGAGGAGGAGACACUUUUCUUCAUACAGGGGCACUUGCACAGAGUUGGAUAAGUGGUGUAACUCAUAGUAGUGUUCUUGGUCGUUCUGUGGGUCCAUUGGGGCCCCUAGGACCCUUGGGGCCCCUUGUUGGGGGACCCUUUGGUGGACUCAGUACACAAGGGGGGCCCCUACAAAAACCAAGUACUAGGGCUAGCAGCAGCAAUGCAGCAGCAGCAGCAGCAGCAGCAAAAGAUAUUAAUAAUUCACAAAGUGCAGCAGACAGGUCUAAUGCUAAUGCUGACCCUCUAUGGCACUCCAAUUCCUUUGCUCCUAAUCUAACUCUUCUCUCUGGUAACUUAGAUAACAAUAGAGCAGAGGAGACAGAGACACCUCCGCAGCAACAAAGAGAUAUGCCAUGGGGAGACACAGGAGACACCCCAGCACCUGCAGAACCCUUAUCCAAGCUCGCAAAGAGACGUAAAAGUCUUGGCAGAGGUGUCUCCUUUAAGGAUACAACAGAGGAAUAUAAUUUCCUUAAGGAUGGAUUCAGCAGGGACGAGACAGCGUCUCGACACUCACGAAGCCGUGGUCCUUCCUUUGAUGCUUACCGCCUAUUAAGGAGUAUAAAGUACCAAGCCUCCUCCCCUGAUGAAGAAUGUCUUGUCUCUGCUGCUAGUCAUAUGGGUUACUCUCUUGCAUUCAGGAGCUCCUCUUCUGUUGUAUUACAGGGCAUGCUGCAGGUGUAG